CCUCGUCGCCCGCAUCCAGACGCGACGUGUUGAGCUUGUCUUGCUGCUGGCUGCAUCAUCAACUCGUCAUUCCUUAGCCAGUCGCAGCCAGAACCGCGUCAAAUAGACCGCGCAAAAAUAAUAGUUAAACGCCCUCCUAAAAUGUCUAUCCCUAUGAACCGCUUGGGCGGUCGCGCCUUCAACCACGCCAACGACGACGACGACUCUGAAAUCGAACGCGAGUAUGAUCGCCUGCGCGAUGCCGCCCGCGAGGAGGCCAACAAGCGCAACCAGUGCUUCGAGCGCUCCCAGCAAGCCUACCAAUCCGGCGACGGCGCGGCCGCCAAGGAGCUCUCCAAUGAGGGCAAACGCCACGCGCAGCGCAUGGAGGACCUCAACCGACAGGCCUCCGAGUUCAUCUUCCGGGAGAACAACGCCGCGGGGCGGGUGACGGGCAGCUGCGUCGACCUGCACGGGCAGUUCGUCGAAGAGGCGGAGCGCAUCUUGGAGGAGCGUAUCCGGGCGGACCGCGCGCGCGGCCAAGACCACCUGCACGCUAUCGUCGGCAAGGGAAACCACUCGACGGGCCACGUACAGAAGUUGAAGCCGCGCAUUGAGGAGAUCUGCCGAGAGAUGGGGCUGAAUUAUUCGACGGAGGAGAACGCCGGGAGGAUCUAUAUCAAUCUCCAAGGCGGGGACGCGACGAUGCCGCCGCCGCCGCAGGUCGGAGGUGGACACCAUGGCGGCCAGCAUCACGGCGGCCAGCAUCAUGGUGGACAGCAGCAGCCGCAUCACGGUGGCCAGCAGCAGCCGCACCAUGGCGGCCAGCAACAACACGGCGGGCAACAGCAGGGCCAGGACGAGACCACCGAUUUGGUCGUCAAAAUCCUCAAGAAGCUGGAGAAGGCUUGCUGCGUUGUCAUGUAGACUGCCGGUUCUGGGAUCGAUGGCCUCGUCCUCUUGGCCUCGAGCCCGGCUUAGCCUCUGGUGGUUUGACCAAGUCGGUCGAUUUGGGUAUUCCCCUGCUUUCUUCUUCUUUCUGGACGGAUACCCUGCUGAUUGGAGUUUUUGCUGUUGUGGAGAGGUAAUGUGGUUGUAUUUUGUCUAGAUGGGUAAGGCCCCAGCGAGAUGUCAUCGGACUAUAUAGCAAAUGAAAUGUCGAUGUGACUUGUCAGGCUG